AUGAGCGCUGGAGACGGGAAUAUUUCUGAAGAAAAACAUAGUGAUCCCGAACAUAGCAAUGUCUCCGAUGAGGAAUCGAGCGAGAAUGAAAACAGUAGCGAAGAAGAAGUGGAGGUGGAACUGAUGGUGAACGCUCGAUCAAAGCGUGCUAAUGCAGGCAACAAAAUGUCCGCUCUGAUUGAGUCCAGCAAUCAAGAGGAUGAGUUCUACAAGAGUGCUUACGGAGGCGGUUUCAACGAGGAUGAUGCUGAUGAUAUUUUUGAAUCUCCUGUCCACUCGGAUGUAGAUGAAGUGGACUCGGAUUUCGACAACCCCGAAGAGGAAGACGAACCAAUCAGUGGUGAUGAAAACGAGGAAAGACCCAAUCGAAAGAAAACGAAGGGUUACAAAGAACCGAAACGUGGGUCUCGUGCUGAACUCCUUGCUAAAAACAAAGCUUGGGCCGUGGCAAGGAUGGCUGGCAAAGUUGUUGCGGCAAACUCUGUCGAUGCAAAAACCCAAGCUGCUCGUUUGAAGGAAGCUGAGAAAACUGAAAAGAUGAAUUUAGAGUCUCUGAGAAAAUAUGAGCAGUUCGAGUUGGAGCGGAAGAAAAAACGUGAACAUGCAACGGUGAGGCGAAAAGUCCCACCUCCUUAUAUUUCAGUCAAGCACACCAUCAACGAGACGACACUGUUGGUCCCUGACAUCAAGGUAUUCAAGAAACCCGAAGUGAAGCCUUCCUUCAUUUGUGCAGUGACCGGACGACCCGCGAAAUAUCGUGACCCCAUAACUGGGCUACCGUACUCAAGUCCAUUCACCUUCAAGAUUAUACGUGAUAAAUACCACAAAUAUCUCAAAACUAUCAAGGAUAAUCCGGAAGUAACAGAGUAUAUGAAACAAUUUGAGUGA